AUGCGAGGCCAUACCGCACGUAGCUCCUCGACGGGCUACAGGCCUGUCAAUCUACAGCGAGUCAAUUCUGCUCAGUCGGAUCAAUACGCUCGCGAGGAAGCGUUCAAGCAUCCGGAGCAAGUCAGUACACCACUCGUACGAAGUCGAACGCCAUCCUGGGAUCAGGCCAUAGAGCCUCCAACACGUAGCAAGGGGCGGACACGGAUACGCAAGAGCUUGAGGCAGCGGUGUUGCUCCAGGAUAACUUGGACUGUACUGCUCGGCCUUGUCUCGCUCUACUUUGUCGGCCAGAUCCGCGUCUCCGUCGGCAGGGAGCCAUCGGGCAUCAAUCAGAAGAUCAGAGACAUUGUACUUGCCAGCAAGGGCGCCAAUCUGAUCAGCGUCAGUCAGUCCGACCGGAUCCUCGAGGAAAACGACAUCACCGUCUGGCGCUACCUCACCUCAGCUUUCGACCUUUACAUGUUCGGCAAGCCUGCAACAGUCGAGCCGACGACCGAGCAUACUGCCUCUGUGAUUUUCUGCCAUGGCAUCACAGACAACGGCUACGGAUGGCGCUUUUUGGGCGAGGAGCUCAAAACCUACAUGCCACACGUUCGAUGGAUCUUCCCUCAUGCGCCGAAGUCGCCCAUCACUGCUAAUCAGGGUCAGAUAGGACACUCAUGGUUCGACAUUGCGGCGCGAGGCGCAGAGGCUGGAGAGUGGCCUGCACACGAAGACAAAGCUGGUAUGACUAGCUCGGCUGAGACGAUCGAAGAUCUUAUCAAGCAAGAGAUCCGAAGCGGUGUCCCCAGUACUCGUAUCGUCGUCGCCGGCUUCUCCCAAGGCCCGUACAAGUUGCUAGGCUCGAUACUUGCUCUCCUCGUAGGACUGACGAGCAAGACACCGCUAGCGGGCACAGCUGUCCUCGCGGGCUACCUCCCCUUGAAAGAUCAAAUUGCUGCGCUCGCGAAUCCCCAGGCGCGCGCCAGACCACUAUUCUGGGGACAUGGCGUCAAGGAUUCCACUGUAUUAUAUAAAUGGGCCGAGACGUCCAUCGCAUAUCUGCGCAAUACGCUGCAUCUCACUCAGAUCUCUGAUCACGCCUAUCAAGAUCUCGCCCAUUGGGUCAGCCUGACCGAGGUCGUCGAUUUGCUUGAUUGGCUACAGCUCACCCUACCCGACCCAAGCAUGUCGAGGCACGCACUCCAGGAUACGCAAUUGCAUGUUUAG